AUGGCAAUAGUAACUAUAGGUGUAUUAUUGGCUACAAGGAGUCAAAAGAUUAAAUGGAGAAAUGAAUAUAGAGUAGGAAUUAUAGGUACAAUAUGGUUUGCAUACGUUUCAUGGGCCUGUAUUUACAUGGCACAAUUUAGACCGAAAUAUGAAAAAAAAUAA